AUGGAUAAUUCUUCACAAUCUUCACAAGGAUUCUUGCUGCUCGACUAUAGCCAAGAUGAAUUACAAGAGGAUUUAAUAAAUGUUGAGGACAUGAUUUCAUCAGAUGAUGAAAAAGAAUAUGACAAUGAUCUCGUGUUUGACUUAGAGCAAAGCCUAUACGAUGCAGAAGACAUACCAAUUUUGCAAGAAAUAAGUAACGAGGAAACUGGCAAUGAAUAUACUGAAGAGAUUCUCACGAUUAAGACAAAACAAACUACACCAUGUGUCAUAAUCGAUAAUGAUCAUGGAGAAAUACGACACUAUAAUAGAGAAUCUGCUAAAGGAUUGCGAGAAUUAAUCGGUGUCUGGGAAAUUGACAAAGAUGCUGUUAAUGAUGUUAAUAAAGAACUUCAUCAUCUUGGU